UCAACUUAAUCCACGGGUCUUGGGUCGCGGAUCAUGAGUCAGGCCUUGCGAUAAGAAUAAGAACCUUAUAAUAUAGUAAAAAAUCUGCAAGAGAGUCCACUUUAUCUACUCUUACUUUGAUUCGCUCGGUUUCCUUGGAUUCGCUAUUCUUUAUUUAUCGUCCUUUCCUUUCUCAAGACCCUUUGGUAUAGUGAUACUCGUAAGUUCCUAAACACCGAAAAUGUCGGUACGGUCUACGGGGUACACUAAUCGUGAGUUGUGGGCAAAACAGAACGUAACGAUGCGAAUAGUGGGUUCAAAAUACCCGGAUUUUCUAUGGCUCGCGACCCGAUCGGGAACGUAAACAUCAAUCUAAUCACAGUGAUCUGUUUAUUCCCAAUCGACACAGGUCUAUUGUGACAUUGAUAUUUUACUUUAACGAUUUUUGUUUUGUUGAUGGUAGGGUAUGUCGUAUUGAAUAUCCGUACAUUUUGAAACCUUUUUCUUAUCAUUGUAAAACAAAAAGAAUGGCUACUUUUCGUAAAGAUAAAAAAGAAGAAGACGAUGGUGGAACGAACAUGUUUCAAAUGUUGGAUAAAACUAUUAUUUUACAAGAAGUUCGAUACUUUAACUCGAAUCAAGUGAAUGCCAAGAAAUGUAUUCACAUAUUAAGUAAGACCUUAUUCAUGUUAAACCAAGGGAUACAUCUUACAACUGAAGAGGCUACCUCCACAUUUUUUGCGAUAACAAAAUUGUUUCAAUCUAAAGAUGUGAUGCUGCGUAGAUUGGUAUAUUUGAGUAUAAAAGAACUUAGUUCUUUAGCUCAAGAUGUAAUUAUUGUAACAUCUUCUUUAAUAAAAGAUAUGACUAAUAAAGAAGACUUAUUCCGAGGUGCAGCAUUAAGAACUCUGUGCAGCAUUACCGACAACUCAAUGUUACAAGGUAUUGAGAGAUAUGUGAAACAGGCUAUAGUGGAUAAGAAUCCUGCUGUUAGUUCAGCUGCUCUGGUUUCUGCUCUACACUUGUCUACAUUUGCCCCAGAUUUGGCUCAGAGAUGGGUGAAUGAAGCUCAGGAAGCCAUGAUGUCUGACAGUGGCAUGGUACCAUAUCAUGCACUUGGUGUAUUUUCUAUUUCAAGACAAAAUGACCGUUUAUCCAUGGUUAAAUUGGUAAAAAAGUUAUUGCAAGAGACAAUUAAAUCUCCUUAUACAGUUUCUCUUCUUAUUCGUCAUGCUGCUAAACUAGCUGAGAAUCAAACUGAAUCUGAACCUUAUGUAGAUUACAUAGAAUCUUAUUUACGUCACAAGUCAGAAAUAGUUAUGUACGAAGCAGCACAUGCUGUUGUCAGCCUAAGCAAAAAUAUAAGAGAUCUUACUCAAGUUCUAUCUGUAUUACAAAACUUUUGUCUCUCUUCAAAAGCUACCUUUAGACUUGCAGGUGCACGGACUCUAGCACAACUUAUUGCAAAGCACCCAAAAGCUGUGAUUGUUUGUACAUUUGAUCUUGAAAAUCUGAUUUUUGAUCCUAACCGGACUGUAGCAACUCUUGCCGUCACAACUCUGCUUACUACCUGUACAGAGACUUCUAUUGAGAAGCUAAUGAAACAAGUCUCAGAUCUCAUGUCUGAAAUAUCAGAUGAAUUUAAAAUUGUGGUAGUUAGCGCUAUUAAGAGCCUUUGCACUAAAUUUCCCCAGAAACAAAAAUACCUUGUAUCAUUUUUAUCUGGCAUGCUCCGAGAGAAAGGUGGUAUGGUAUACAAAACAGCCAUUGUCAAUGCUAUCAUUAAAUUCAUUGAGGAAAAUCCAAAUGCCAAUGAAACAGGCCUAGCUCAUCUGUGUGAGUUUAUUGAAGACUGUGACCAAGCAUCCCUUGCAGUGCGUGUAUUACAUGUUUUGGGACGUGAGGGUCCCAAGAUUCGCCAGCCUUCAAGAUAUAUCAGAUUUAUUUAUAACAGAAUUCUUUUGGAAUCCGCACCAGUAAGAGCUGCUGCUGUUUCUGCAAUUGCUCAAUUCGGAGCAUCAUGUGCUGACCUUCUUCCCAACAUAAAAGUGUUACUUGAUAGAUGUCAGUCGGAUGAUGAUGAUGAAGUUCGAGAUCGGGCAGUUUUCUACAGUGCCAUUUUAGAUUCCGGAGAUAAAGAACUCAUUAAUAAUUACAUUUGUAAUGUACCAAAUUUUAAUUUUGUAUUAUUAGAGAAAGCAAUUCAAAAUCAUUUAAAUACACAUCCAGAAGAUCAUUUCAACAUGGACACAGUUCCGAUUGUAGAAGAUAUAAAAGAAAACAAGAAAGAAUCAGCACAAAUUGAACCGUUUCAGUUGACUAUUCUUUCUUUGGAAGAACAAUAUGCAAAACAAUUGAAGGUGAUUCCAUGCAUUGAGAAAUUUGGACCAAUAUUUAAAAGUUGUGAACCAAUUGAACUUACAGAACCAGAUACUGAAUAUCAAGUAAAAUGUAUAAAGCAUGUUUAUGCCAAUCAUUUAAUUCUUCAAUUUGAGUGUCUGAAUACACUAUUUGAUCAUCUACUUGAAAAAGUUCAUGUAUGUUUAGAUGUUGCACCCGAAUAUAAUCUUAUAUGUGAAGUACCAUGCCAAAGUCUAUCUUAUGAAAGGAAAGGAAAUAUAUUUUGUGUAUUGGAGUUUCCUACAAAUCCAUUAAACUCUGUAGGAUGUUUUGGAGCCGUUCUUGAGUUUAUAGUAUAUGAUUGUGAUCCAAAAACUGGGCAUCCUUACCCAGGAGAUUGUUACACAGAUACAUAUCCUUUGGAAGAUAUAGAAUUUGGAUGUUCUGAACAAUUUAAAUUUCGAGCUGCUUCUGAUGACUGGGAGAAUUCUUGGCAGAGUACAGAAUCAGGAAAAGAAGUAAUGGAUACUUUUGCCAUGAAUAAUUUUGAUGUUACAGAAGUUGCAAAAGCUAUUUGUAAGCAUUUAGGUUUACCGGAAUCUUCUAUAAAGGGAGAUACCAUAAAGAAAAUCUGUGGUUUAGGGACAUGGCGUAAAGGCAUUCCAGUUAUAUUUAUAGCUAAAAUAGUAUCAUCUCUAUCAGGCGUUACCAUGCAACUUACUGUCAGAUCGCCCAAUGAAGAUGUAGCUACACUUUUAUUGGCUGCUAUUGAAUAG